AUGGUGCGGGCCGGGGCGGACGCGUUCCCACCUUUGGGAUUGGACAGGAAGCGGCGCUACGGCAGCGGGCCGAGGGCUGGCGGAAGCUGGGCCUCGCGUCAGGCAACGGUCCCCGGUGCCAGGCGGCGGGCCAGGGUAAAAGGAGGAGAAGGAGGGCGUGGAGGCUGCGUGCGGCCCAGGGAAGCAGAGGCGAGGGCCAGUGACCUCGGGGUUCCGCGGGGCAGCGAACCCGGCAAGCUGGCUGGCCGGCGAGGCGGGGACGUGGAGAAGGAGGGAAGGGUGGCAGGCGCCGCAGGGACCGCAGAGGGUGUCGGCGGCGGCGGGCGUUCGCUGCGCGCGGCUUGCGCUGCCCUGCGCUGGUCCGCUCGUCCGGCUGGACUCGGCUCGGCUGACUCUGCCCUCCGCCGCGCGGCUGUGCCCUUCUCAGCUCUGCCGCUGAUUGACUGGCCGGCGUGCGCGGCGACGCUCCGCAAACUUGGCCAAGCGGGCUGCACUCGGGGGGAGGGGGCGGGCGUCGGGGGGGCCGGAGACAGGCGGGAGCACGCUGGGCCGGGCCGGGAGAAAACCUGGAAGCCGGGUUGGAUCCGGAGCGGUCAAAUCCACUUCCUAGGGGGCCGCACCGGGCGCCCGGCGCUCCUUCGCAUGACACGCCCCACCCGGCUCCUCCUUCCUCCCCUCCUCCUCGGAGGCGGGGAGCUCGCCCACCGCCCCCCAACCGCGAAGGGAAGGCCAACUACUCCCGGCUGAAGGGCCCAGGUUCUGGGGAACGGGACGGCCUGGGACUUGUCCCCGAAGCCCACGUCUGAGCCGCAGGCCUUGCGCGCGGCCACCUGACCCGCCGCCUAUGGGCAAAAGCCGCGCGGAGCCCCUCCCGCCGCGAUAUCCGCCUCCCCGCUGCCAUCCCGCACCCGCGGACGCUCCUAUGCGCUCAGCUCCCGGGCUGGGCGGGGAAGGCGCAUUAUUCACAUUGUUUCGCUGCAGGCAGCGGGGGGAUUUGGGGCUCUGAGCGCGUCCUAGAGCCUCACCUGGUCUCCCCAGACCUGCUACCAAUAGGACGGUGCUCGUGAAACACCAAUUUGUCCAGGACCCCGUCAGGCAUUCUCCUUUCCGCAUUCGCAACACUCCACCCCCUCGACGCCACUCCCACCCCGACCCGGUUCUGCUACAAGUCUAACCGAACCCUGAAGCGGGAAAAAUCCGCAACCGCGAGGGUGAACAACUGGCAAUCUACGAAACAAAUACCAUCCAGAAGGGAAGCUUUUCAGAUGGGCCAGAAUUCCUUCUUCCCUCUCCAACUCCCAUCCCUGCUAUCUUCAGAAGAGGCUUCUUAGUGGAGAUGCACCUACUCCUUGGCCCUCUUCGAAUUUCUUUUCAACACCUUGCAGAAGGACUCCAGAUUAGACUCAGAACACUGG